UAUUUUACUCCGUCCUAUUUUUGUACAAAUUUUCAAUUUAAAACAAAAAGAAACAAAAACAAAAAUUGAUUUUUUGCCUGGACUUGCUAAACCUGCUUACAGCCCAUCAUGCAACCUAUCAACUUAUCUCUGUUCAAGUGUACUGCUACUGCUGGCUGAGCUAGAAUACAGCGACAGCCACAGCCAUAGCCAUCUCAAGCGAUAACCUUGUUAAGUCUAAGUGACUGCGACGACGACGAGUUGUCGUUCUCGUUGUCGGCGAAAAAGAAUCUUACCCGAGAAUCUACAAAGCACGGAAGAAAUUUAUUCAGUCUGUGUUCUGCUUGCGUCCGUGGAGGAGGAUUGGAUUAAAUAAAAUAAAAGAUGAAGCAUCUAGGAAUGCAUAUUGGCUUUGUGAUUGGCCUGAUCUUUGGCUUGGGUUCAUUAUCCUCGACCUUGGCAGGGUCGUCGUGUUCAAAGCGAGAAAUUGAAGCGUCUGUAUUCCUGCACCGCAAGUACGAGCCUCUGCGGUUGCAUACACAUCGCGCCACUCUGGCCGACUGGAUAGCCAACACCAAUGUCACCGAUGAGAACAUGCAGAAGAAGAACGAGAUUUUGGCGCAAAAUGCAGCGUUCAAUAAAGCUCUAGCUGAGGAACUUUUGGAGUUGGGCUAUCAGAAUCUGGAGGACGACAAUAUCCAUAGGCAAGUGAAGAUCCUUACUAGGCUGGGAUUUGAUGUGCUUCCGAAGGAGGAACACUUGGAACUGCACAGUGCCAUCUCGGCGAUGCAGAAGAACUAUGCCACGCUGAAAGUGUGCUCCUUCGAGGACAAGGAGAAGUGCUCGCUGACCCUAGAGCCACACAUUCAAGAGCGAUUGCAAAACAGCCGGAAUCCAGAGGAACUGAAGUAUUAUUGGCAGGCAUUCUAUGACAAGGCUGGUACUCCGAUGCGGGAGAACUUCCAGAAAUAUGUAAAUCUCAGCAGGAAAGCAGCCAAAUUAAAUGGAUUCAACUCUUAUGCUGAGGACUGGAUUGAAAAGUACGACGACCAGAACUUCGAAGACAACCUAGACCAGGUUUAUCAACUUAUCCUGCCAUUCUACAAGGAGCUACAUGGCUACGUGCGUUACAAGCUGCGCGAACACUAUGGCAGCAAGGUUGUUGCAGAGCGAGGAAACAUCCCAAUGCAUCUGCUGGGCAAUAUGUGGGGCCAGAGCUGGGAAGAAGUCGCUGAUCUCUUCACCCCGUACCCAGAAAAACCAUACGUGGAUGUGACCAGCGAGAUGGUCAAGCAGGGAUUGACCCCUGUGAAGAUUUUUCAGCUAGGAGAUGAGUUCUUCCAGUCACUGAACAUGACAAAGUUGCCAGAAAUCUUCUGGAGGGAAAGCGUCCUCGAAAAACCCACCAAUCGAGAAGUGGUGUGUCAUGCAAGCGCAUGGGAUUUAUUUGAAACCGAUGAUGUGAGGAUUAAACAGUGCACAGAAGUGACUACGAGAUAUUUGUAUAUUGCUCACCAUGAACUUGGCCAUAUUCAGUACUAUCUGCAGUAUCAGCAUCAGCCGAUGCCAUUCAGACAGGCACCCAAUCCGGGAUUCCAUGAAGCUGUUGGUGAUGUUAUUGCACUGUCGGUGGCAACGCCGAAGCAUUUAGCUAAAAUUGGAUUGGUCAAGAGUGGUGAAUUGGACGAGAAGAGCAGAAUCAAUGAGCUCUUUAAGAAUGCCGUUAAAAAAGUUGCAUUCCUGCCAUUUGGUUACACUAUGGACAAAUAUCGAUACGCAGUAUUCCGUGAUGAUCUUAACGAAACUAAUUGGAACUGUGGAUUUUGGAAAAUGCGCUCUGAACAUGGUGGGAUAGAACCACCGGUUGAACGUAGUGAAAAUGAUUUUGAUCCACCUGCCAAAUACCAUGUCAGUGCUGACGUUGAGUACUUAAGAUAUUUUGCUGCUCACAUUUUCCAAUUUCAAUUUCACAAAGCUAUGUGCAAAAAGGCCGGUGAAUAUGUUGAAGGAGAUCCCAAAUUAACUCUGGAUCAAUGUGAUGUUCAUGGAAGUACAGAAGCUGGAAAUUCUUUCAAGGAAAUGCUCCAAAGUGGUGCUUUAAAACAUUGGAAAGAUUCACUCGAGGGUUUUACAGGCAAACGUGAAAUGGACCCAACUGCCCUCUUGGAAUAUUUUGCUCCAUUAAGAACUUGGUUGAAGACAGAAAUCGAAAGAUUAAAUAUACCCCUUGGAUGGGAAGUUACUCAAAAAUGUAAAUCUUCAUAAGGAAAAACUUAAUUAUAAGGUAGUACUCAAGAAAAAAGAAGAAAUACAAGACUCUAAACGUCCACAACUGAAAUUGAUUUAUACUCAUUUAUCAUUAGAAUUAAGACUUGAAUGUAUUUUUAGACGUAUAUUCUUGAUAUUGAAUAAAAUUGAAGAAUUUUGAAAGA